UGUCUGUGUGUGUUUUCUAGUGUGGAUCAUGGAGGAGAAUCCAGGAUUACAGCAGGACUAGAGAAAUAUGCCUGUUUUCUCACAUUGGAUCCAAACACAGCAAACACUCUUCUCAUCCUGUCUGAGGAGAACAGAGAGGUGACACAUGUGUUUCAGGAACUGCCAUAUCCUGAUCAUCCAGACAGAUUUAAUGUGUAUCUUCAGGUGUUGUGUAGAGAGAGUGUAAGUGGACGCUGUUACUGGGAGAUUGAGUGGAUUGGUGAUGAUGGUGUGCGUAUAUCAGUAUCAUAUAAGAGCAUCAGCAGGAAGGGUUUUGAGUGCGUGUUUGGAUUUAAUGAUCAGUCCUGGAGUUUGAUCUGCUCUCACUCCAGUUACUCAUUCAGACACAAUAACAUACAGACUGUUCUCCCUGUAAAACCCAUCAGCAGUAGAAUAGGAGUGUAUGUGGAUCACAGUGCAGGAAUUCUGUCCUUCUACAGCAUCUCUUACACAAUGAGCCUCAUCCACACAGUCCAGACCACAUUCACUCAGCCGCUCUAUCCUGGGUUUACUAUUGAUAAUAAAUCAUCAGUGAAACUGUGUUGA